UAAUUUGAUGUAAAAUACGAAUUAAAGUACUUGGUAUCAUAUUUGAGUUAUAAAUUACUUCAAAAUUGUAAAUAUUAUAAAAUAUUUAAAAUAAAUUCCGCACGAAUAUAAACGUAAAACAAAGAAAUCUAUAUCUUAAUACAUUAGGUGUCAUUUCCAUCAAAUCUUUCGUAAUAACAUUCGACAACAACGGUUAUUCCUUAUAAAUUACGUAAAAAGAAAAUAUAUGCCGAGUAGAAAUUUCAUUGACGGGAUCAUGAAACUUGUACGAAGUAGAGAUCGGGGGCGAAUAUUGAUCAAGGGUUGUAUUGCGCGUGUGUGCGCGCACCCCUCACACCGAUAGGGCGUUGCGCGCGCUAAUGUGCGUGCGUGUGUUGUCCAUGUGCCAGCGAGCGAGCCGGGAUCUUUCUGUGCCGACUGAGUUUAUAAUAAACACUAAUGAUCUAUUUAAUGCUUGUAUCUAUCGUUAUCUAUUCAACUUCGAACUAAAUGUGACUUUUUUCGAGAUGUGAAGUAAUUCGCCGCGACCGCACUCGUGAACUGGCCGCGAUGGCACCGUAAAAAUCAAUAAAUCUCCCAGUGGAACUCGUAUAUUGCAUUCUACUCAGUGACUUUACUAACAGUGUCACAAAUGAAUAAAUCGCGAGUGAAUGCGAAGUGUAUUUGCUUUACAGUGCGGCCGUAAGGUCUGUAAGGCGAGUUCCCGAUGUUCAAUCACAAGUUACCGACUGACUUUCCGAUGCAAACCCUCCGUAAGAAAACCAGCCCUUGCAAAUUCAUUUAUGAACCUCUCGCAGACAAGAACGAGCCGGGUCGCUUCCUCGGCGAAGGUGUCUCGUUUCGCGCCAAACUUAUCGGCGUACUCGAGGUACCGGAGGCGCGGGGUGACAGAAUGUGUCAGGAGGCGCUUGCAGACUUAAAGAUGGCUAUUAGAGCGGCAGGGGAGCAUAAACAGAGGAUACAGGUCCAUGUUGCCAUCGAUGGACUGCGCCUGCGCGAUGAUAAGACCGGUGAUUCUUUGUACCAUCAUCCUGUCCAUAAGAUAUCAUUCAUCGCGCAGGACAUGACUGACUCUCGUGCAUUCGGAUACAUAUUUGGAUCUCCUGACACCGGUCAUCGCUUCUUUGGCAUUAAGACUGAUAAAGCAGCUAGUCAAGUAGUUAUAGCAAUGAGGGACUUAUUUCAAGUAGUAUUUGAACUUAAGAAAAAAGAAGUUGAAAUGGCAAAGCAGCAACUCGAAGGGAAAAAUGUUACCAGUAGUCUUAUAAGGCAUACCACUAGUACUGUUACAGAUACAAAAACAAAGAUUAUACCAAUGACUGGGGAGCCUAGUUCUUCUAUAUCUAAACCGGAAGGUGGUGGAGAAGGGGGCGUCGCGGAAUUGGUAGACUUGGAGCAAGAACUGUGCUCGCUGAGAAGAGGUCUCACGCAGGUCGAGGGUCUGACGCCUUCCACUGAUCCUUUCGGAGACUCGUUUAUUAUCCCUGCUCAGAAGGGCCUGCUGCCCCCUCCCCCCGGCGCGCCCCGCGGCCGCGCCCCCCCGCGCUCGCUGAGCCCCGGCAAGCCCGUAUCCUUCGACCUUUCGUCCGUCGCGGGAGACUACGAACCCAAGCCCGCCACGCUGGUGGACGAGCCGGACCCGCCGGUGCACUCGCAGGCCGCGUCCGCCUCCGCCUCCGCCUACGACGUGUUCACGGAGUUAGACCCGCUCGGCACCGGCCGGAGUAAACCUUACGUUGACAAAAAACUCUUCUUUCAGGAGCUCAAAAACCCACCAAAGAAAGUGCUCAAAGACCUCGUACCGCCGGCGCAUUCCCUCCUAUCCGAUAUCUUGCCGGGCCCGAGCGAGACGCGGGCGGAGGCCUACGGGCCGCCCACCGCCCUGAGCUCCCUGUCUCGGCAUUCCGGCGGCACGGUCGCGAUCGCUAAGCCGACCCGGCCGACAUUCUCGUCCGACUUUUUCACGUCCGAUCCGUUCGCGGAGACCGACCCAUUCGACAACACCGACCCCUUCAGGGACGACCCCUUCACGAGCGUUCAGGAUUUCCCGAAGCUCUCCUCACUAAGGACCGAGGAGCCGAAGGGCGACUUCAGUAAGGAAUUGAUACAGGAUAAGCCGGAGCCGGAUGCGGCCCGGAACGUGUUCAAUGGUCCGCUGCAGGUGUCGCUGCCGCCGGAGCCGGCGCCCAAGUCGCCGCGACUGCCGCGACAGAACACGAACACGAGUACUAUAAGACAGCGUCCACACGCGAGCUCCAAGCUGAACGCCGAGAGCGCAUCGCCCCCUCCCCCUCUGCCCCCCAAGAAGAUCGCCGAACUCAGCCUGAUCCCGCCGCCGCGUCCACCACACGACCACGAGGAUAUGGAAGAGUCGGAAACGCCACCGUUGCCAAAACCCGCCAGAAAGAAGGAGCCUUUGGCGGACCGCAGCACGAAGCCGCGCCAGUCGUCGCUGGCCACGACCAGCAGCGAGGACGAGUACCUGACGCCGGUACCGCCGCCCCUGCCAGCUGCCAAGCGCUUCGACAUCACACUCAGCCAGCUACUCACACUCACUAUGGACGACUUAGCCGCCAGACUCCGCGUACCAGCUACCACAUUAUCCUCAAUGACUCUACCUCAACUCACAGAGUACCUCAGAUCCUAUGUGGCGACAGAAAAUGAGAAAUCGCACGUACACUUGGACCCAACCAAACGGCCAGAGAAAGAAAAAAUAACUCCAAUUAUACCUGAAAUAUCCGCACCCUCAAAAGUACCAGAAAAACCCGUCACGAAAGCGCCCCUAACUACAGAUUUCAAACCACAGUUUGAAGAUAAUUUCGCUCCGACUGAAACGUCAGACGGUUUUGUAGCCAAUUUCGACGACUUUGACCAAAAAGCUAAUCCCUCCUACGACAAAUAUGCAGCAUUUAGAGAAAUACAAGAACAAGAAUUAAAAGCAAAGUCAAUAUUAGAUCCUAUUGCGUCAGAAAUAAAACAAGAAGAUGACAAGGAGGUAACAUCAAUAGUUGAUUUAAUAAAAACUGAAGAACCUAAAGUUGAGGAAAGUAAAGAAUUAGACAAGAGCCCUUUGAAGAGCUUAGACGAGCUAACGAUAGACUCGUUCAAUAUGUUUCGUAAUUCUGUAAGUCCGAAGCCAAUCGAUGCGAAAAUCGAAGACAUUAAGACGGUCAUGAAGAAUUUGCAAAUAGAAAAAGCUAGGCGUAGUGUCUCACCUCGCGAUAAUGGUGUACCAGAGACAAAAUCUGACGAGAACAACGACAGGUAUGCUGCUUUACGUGAAAUAACUAUAAUAGAACCUCCGGACGAAUUCGAAUCGAUACCACCAGAAGCGCCCAAGGAACGGAAGAAGUCUGAUGAAAAAUCGGACGGUUUUGAUAAUUCGGAUUUUUUCGACUGUAUCGAUAAUAGCUCCCUAUCUUUCAAUGUGGAGGAUGCUUUCAGAAAGAGCCCAGGAGUGAAGGAUAAGGAAGAGGAAAAGAAAGUGGAAGAAAAGAAAGAGACGCCAAUAGAGGUAAUGCCCGUGAGAGAUUUGCAACCGCCGACGCGGCUUUCUGCUGGGUCCAUUAGUGAUGUGAAUAGCGGCUCUUCACCAGAUACUAAAGAGAGGUGCCUUCCCCCCGUGAUGUCGGUGGGGGGCCUCACGCGCCUGGGCUGGGGCGAGGGCUGGUCCUCCGACUCGCGGGACUCGGAGCCGCGCACUCGACGACGACGGACGCACAACAGGGGACUAUCUGUGCAAACGUCGUCGUCGUCGCGCGACGCGUCCCCGUGGGACGACGAGCCGCCGCGCCGCCCCGCGCGCCGCGAGCGCCCCGAGCGACACAAUUCUUCCGGUUCUAGAGAAUGUCUAGACUCGGGCAGUGGAAGGGAGAAGGAAAAGCCGAGAGAUAAACGUGGCAGUAGAGAUAUAGAUUUGAAUAGAGAAGGUAGAGAAUCCGCCAGGGACCGGAGAGACUCCGGUAGCGGGAGAGAUAGGCGUGACGUCAGCAAGGAGAGAGAGCACAGGGACCAUAGGGAGAGGGGCCGGCGUGAUCGGAGAAGUAGAGAGAGAGAGAAGGAUACGUGGAGUAGAGAGAGGAAUUACAGUAGAGAGAGAGAUUACAGAGACUCGCGGAGCAGGGAGCGGUCGAAAGAUUACAGAGACAUGGACCGGCAUAGGAAACCUAUACAUUCAUACGACGAUGAAGACUACAGUGAUGGCGGCUCUGGUCGGUCUUCUCCCCGGGAGAGGUGGCCCGACCAGCGCUGGAGGCGGGAUGAGAGAAAUUACGGUUCUUUAGGAUGGCGAGAAACCCGGCGGAGGAAUGAGUUGAGACAAAAUGAAGAUCCAAACGAAAGGAGAUAUGGGUCUACACUGGGCUGGCCGGGACGUCGCUCGACAACUAUCGCUUCUCGACGGGAAGUCGAGCGGGAAAUGCGAGACGCUCGAGAAUCUGCUCGAGACUCGCGUGACACUCGCGAUUCAGGUCGCGAUUCGGGGAGAGAUUCGAGAGACCCUCGGGACUCGGGUAGGGACUCUCGGGACGCGCGGGACUCCGGUAGAGAUUCGGGAAGAGACUCGCGCGAUCCGCGGGAUUCGGGACGCGAAUCGGGACGGGAUUCGAGAGACGCCAGGGACUCCGUGCGGGACUCCCGAGAUCCGAGGAGGCGGCGACGUGAGGAACCUCGGACUAGGCCCCGCGAUUACCGCUUUUCGAACGAUUUUUCCCCGCGGGAGAGAGAGCACACAUCGCCUUUCGACAACGAUUUCCAAGACACACCCACACCGACUACGAAGAAACGAGCCCCGUACUCCUGUCUAGAGGGAACGAGAUUCGCAUUCGAACUCGAAGACUCGACGGCUUCCCCUUUAUCGGGCAGCUCAGCACGAGCGCGCGACGGGGACUCCCCGGCGACACGGUUCCGGUUCGACUCGGACUCGCUGUCACCUCGCUCAAUGUUCGAGGACGACUUUACGACUAUCUCCACCCCCAGAGGCCGGACCGCCUCCAUCGCCGAGGAGGACGAAGGAGACCUGCCCCCGCUGCGAGCGAAGCCUCAACAGCACAGGGACAUUAAAAAGUCGGAUUCCGUUAAUAUCUUCACCAGGGAGUCAGACCCGUUCGAAGGCGACGCGUUCUUCGCGUGCACGGGCUCGGACAGGGUGGCGCGCCGGGAGAACUGGCCGGGGGACUUCCAGGGCUUUGACAACGCGUGAGCCACACGCAAGCGCUUCGCCGACACGACUGUGACAUUGCCGUUUCGAAGGUCACGUUCAGUUUUCUAAAGUCCAUCUAGUAAAAAUUUGACCAUAGAACAUCAAUAAACAGAAAAGUGCCCUAAGGGCCCAAACGCUUAUUGAUUUAAUAUUAAGUGAAUCGGGACGGUUCUACAUAUAGUUCAGUCAAAUUACAUUACGAACUCACUAUAAAUAAUCGCUAUGCUUGCUACAGAAAGCUACUUUGAUUUAAUAUGUCGAUAAAUGUCUGAUAUAAUUUUCGUCAUCAACAUUUGGAUAUCACUUCAAUCAGAGGAAACUAGAAACUCUAUUUUAUUGUUAACAAUAAUAAUUCCAUUCAAAGUCAAGCUUUUACUUUUAUUAUAAGUCGAGAAAUGACGAUUGAACAAUGAAUCCUACGCUAAUCAAAUUAGAAUAUAAUAUUAAGGAUCUCAUAUUUAUUAAUAAAUGAUACAUUAUACAUUAGAAAACAAGUAAACUAUCACCUCUCACAUUUAAUUAGUAUAUAAACCCUAUUUAUUACUAAAUGUACAAUAAUGAGGUCAUAUAAAAACCUUAGUGUUACGUUUUUAUAAGGUAUGUAUAAAUUUGGACCCUUGUCAAGUUUGUAUAUGCCCUUAGACAACCUGUGAUAUGUAUAAGCAACGCCCAAGCUAUUUAUUUCUUAACGCUUGUUAGUCAUUUCUCAUCAAGUCGGUCCAUUUAACAUAAGUAAAUAUACUUAAAAUAUUAGACAACUGAUAUUAUUAAAAAUCAGUAUAAACCAAAUAUUUAACGAAACAUUAUUUUUUUGGUCAAAAAUUUAUGACAAAUCACAACGCAGCUAGCGACACAGUUACCAAUAGUUACAUAUUAAUGGUGAGUACACUUUUAUUACAUCGCACUGUUUUGUGUAUUAUUUUGGUAGAAAUUCAAAUUAUAACUUUGAUCGCACUAAUGCAUACGUAGCACUACGAAUUAUCUUUUUGGGCACAAUAAUUUAGAACUUCGUUUAUUGGUAUUGUAAAUAUUUUGCUACGAACUAAUAAUUUUGAAUCGCUUUGUAAAUAAAAAUUCAAUUGUUUACCGCGUACGUUAAUCACAAUCACUUAAAACAUAAUAUUGUAUUCGUAUUAUUAUGGUGUUUUUAUUCAGUAUUUAUUAAAUAAAAGCUUUCGAACAAAAAAAGAAAGAUAUUUGCUAGAAAUCGAUUGCACCCAAUGUAAUGUAUCAAUCAACAUUAUUUAUAUUUAUUGAAUUCCAAUUGUAUAAUCCAUCAUAUUAAAUCAUAAUUGAAUCAAUGUGUUGAUAUUAUCUUUAUAUUGUAAAAAUGAUAUUUAUAAAUGGAAUUAUUUUUACUUAAUUUAAUAAUAUUGCUUCAAAAUUUUAUUACUUCAUAUAUUUGUUUACACUCAGUAUGAUUUAUUCUAAAAUGGGCUUUAUCUAUUUAUACAAUGAUCAUUAUAAAAUAAAUCGAUGUAUAUUAUUGACUGUAUUCCAUUUUUAAAUACUGACUUUUUCUCGUUUAUUUUUAUUAUAACAUAAAAUAGAAAUCUUGAGUUAUGAUAAAUAUUCCGUCAUUGUAUUGCUUUAUUUCUGUGAUAAUGUAACCUUUAUGUUUAUUUAAGUUAUAAAGACUAAUUGUAAUACUUCACUUAAUUUGUAAACUUGUUAUCAAUGAAGGGGUUGAUAUUAUGUAGUUUCCAAAAUCUACACACAAUAUACUGUUUAUGAACAAUGAUUUUUUUUUAAUGUAAUUUCUGAUCUAUUCAUAAAAAAAAAACAAAUUGAAAAUAAAGUUUGUCAAAUGUUUUGUAUUCGGGAAUUUUGUAAAUAAUAUAGUUAGAAGUAAAAUAAUAAAAGUAAAAUAAUGUGCAAUUAUCCACUCCAUUUAAAACACAGUACCGAAGUGACUUUUGUUUGAUACCAGUUGUGUUAAAUACUUAAAGUUAAUAAAACUAUAACGAUGA